UGAAACUUGAGUCUCGACGGAAGAGACGUUUACUUGAGAAACAAGGCAUUCGAGAUUCACUUCUCUUUCGUCGCUUCUUCGAAUUCCGGACUUGCAUUUUUCAAAUCAGUGACCAUGACUUCAUCGUAUCUCCCAGCAACUACUGAGUCAAUUGCUCAGGCUUUAGAAGCGAAAACCCCUUCUGAAGCCAUCUCUAUCCUUUACCGUGUUAUUGAAAACCCUUCAUCUUCCUCCGAGUCCCUGCGGAUAAAAGAACAGGCAAUCACAAAUCUCUCUGAUCUUCUUAGGCAAGAGAGCCGGGCAGAGGAGCUUCGAAGUCUUCUGACCCAGUUGAGGCCCUUUUUCUCCUUGAUCCCAAAGGCAAAAACUGCAAAAAUUGUCCGUGGGAUAAUUGAUGCUGUAGCUAAAAUUCCAAACACAUCUGAUCUCCAGAUUUCUCUUUGCAAAGAAAUGGUGGCUUGGACACGGGCUGAGAAGCGAACUUUCCUGCGGCAACGAGUUGAGGCAAGACUUGCGGCUCUCUUGAUGGAAAGCAAGGAGUAUUCAGAAGCAUUAACACUGCUGUCUGGUUUAAUCAAGGAGGUCAGGAGACUGGAUGACAAGCUUCUUCUUGUGGACAUAGAUUUGUUGGAGAGCAAACUCCACUUUUCUCUGAGAAACCUCCCGAAAGCCAAGGCUGCCCUUACAGCGGCAAGAACAGCAGCCAAUGCUAUUUAUGUACCUCCUGCUCAACAGGGUACUAUAGAUUUGCAGAGUGGGAUUCUUCAUGCAGAAGAAAAAGAUUAUAAAACUGCUUAUAGCUAUUUCUUUGAAGCUUUUGAAGCUUUCAAUGCUCUUGAAGAGCCUCGGGCAGUGUUUAGCCUCAAGUACAUGUUGCUGUGCAAGAUUAUGGUGAGCCAGGCUGAUGAUGUGGCUGGAAUAAUAUCAUCCAAAGCAGGCUUGCAAUAUGUUGGGCCAGAGUUAGAUGCCAUGAAAGCUGUCGCUGAUGCCCAUGCAAAACGCUCUCUGAAGCUUUUUGAGACAGCUUUGCGGAAUUACAAGGCACAGCUUGAGGAAGACCCGAUAGUCCACAGGCACCUCUCUUCCCUGUAUGACACCUUGCUGGAGCAGAAUCUGUGCAGGUUGAUUGAGCCUUUCUCAAGGGUUGAGAUUGCCCAUAUUGCUGAGCUGAUUGAGCUGCCUGUUGACCAUGUGGAGAAAAAGUUGUCCCAGAUGAUCUUGGAUAAGAAAUUUGCCGGGACUUUAGAUCAGGGUGCUGGAUGCCUGAUAAUUUUCGAAGAUCCAAAGACAGAUGCCAUAUAUCCGGCAACAUUGGAAACCAUUUCCAACAUUGGCAAGGUCGUGGACAGCCUCUACGUGAGAUCUGCAAAGAUAAUGGCUUAAAGAUUCAUGUGGUGAGAGGCAGUUUUCUAGCUGCCACUUUCUUCUUUCCUUGCUGCCUUUUUGUUGUUUAUUUUUAUUUUGAGCAAUUUCUUUGGUUUCUCAUGUGGAAUGAAUGCUGGACACAUUGAGGCUCUGGGAUUUACUCAGAGUAUGGGUGUUGUUUGGGUUAGAUUUGUAGUGUGUUUCAGGGUAAUAGUUCAUCCCGGCUCGGCUCUGCCCCCCGAACAAUGGAAUGAUGCUUUCUACCAAACAUAGUUCAGAUUGCUGGUGAUGGUGUUAACAAAAAUUGUUGGUAUAUUAAGUGAUUGUUUAGAUA